CCGCCGCCGCCAGUGCCGCCAGCGACUGCCUGGGCGAGGGUGGUCAGAUCCGGCGGGGUGGUCCGUCUCGGCGCCAUCUUCAGGAUCCCUUCAGUCUCUCUCCUCGUCGCCGGGCGCCCUUGCUGGGUCGACGAGCCAGCCUCCGCCCGCCAUUGCCGCGCCAGCGAUCCAUCCGCCGCCUGCCAUUACCGCACGGACGAGCCAGCCGCCGCCCGCCAUUGCCGCACGGACGAGCCAGUCGCUGUCCGCACUUGCUGCACCGGACACUCCCCCAUUCUUUCCCCACAUCAACGCCAGCCAGGAGCGAGUGAGAUCAGCUCUUGUUGCCGCCAUCUGAUGGUUGUCGUCGUGAUCUUCGGCUGCGGUGGUGCACUUCCUUGUGUAUAACGAGACAGUGGGGUUGUCACCCCAUAAUCUUGGUGUCGGCUCCCACGACUGCCUUCUUGGUUACCACCACUCAGAUGGAUAGACGUUGGAUUCAUGGUACAUUGUUUUCCCGUGAGUACAUCGAAGGUGUCAAAGAAUUUAUGAAUUUCAUUCAAGAGAAAUUCAGCGAGGAUGAUAAAAUACUUUGCCCAUGUAGAAAAUGCCUUAAUCAUCACUACCAGCAUCAGACCGUUGCGAACACGCACAUACUGACGUAUGGCAUGGAAAGUACGUAUACUCGCUCGAUAUAUCAUGGAGAAGACUUUGAUGUAGAUGUUAUUGAACAUCCUGUUGAUGUGCAUGAUACCGAGGAUGGUGACAAUGGCGCUGACCGGUUUGAAGAGAUGUUUGAAGACCUACGCACAACCGUAGAACAAGCUCAGAGUGAAACUGAAAAUCAAGAUGCUAACAAUGGUGGAAACCCUUCUGAGAAUGAGUCUUUUUUGAAGAAUGUGAUGAAGGAGGCAAACCGGCAGCUUUAUCAUGGUUGUACCAAGUUUUCAAGGUUCUCCUUUGUGGUUAAGCUUCUUCACUUGAAGUCAUACCAUAGGAUCCCGAAUAGUGCAUUUACUGAAAUUUUGAAGCUAUUAGCUGAAGCAUUCCCUGAACCCAAUACGCUCCCAAAAUCGUAUAAGGAAGCAAAGAAUCGUCUAAAGGAAUUAGGCCUUGGGUAUGAGUCUAUACAUGUGUGCUUCAAUAAUUGCAUUCUGUUCAGAAAGCAAUAUGCCAAUCAUGACAACUGCCCAGUUUGUGGACUGUCAAGGUGGAAAGACCCUGCUAGAAAGAAGAUUCCACAGAAAGUGUUGAGGCAUUUUCCAUUGGUGCCUAGGCUAAAGAGGAUGUUUCUUUCCAAAAAAGGUGCAGAAGAAGCACAAUGGCAUGAGCUAAAGAGGCAACCCAAUGAGAAGGAACUGAGUCAUCCAAAAGACGGUGAUGCGUGGAAAGAUUAUGACGGUUUACCUCGGCCCGUCACUAGUACCGUCACCGAUUUGUAA